CGUCCCCUGAAAAUGUAGCUCUUCCUGCCAGGCCAGCCAGACUUUCGAAUUUAGCUCAAGAAAUAGCUUCACCGAAAGCAAGCAAAAUGAGAAUCAUGAUAAUUGCCACUCCGCCAGCAGCACUCCAAGGGCUCGCCUUCGGCUUUCCAGUGAGUUCUCCAGUAAGCAGAAAGUGGAAGGAGGAGGAGAAAUCAAGGAUUGACGUCAAGGUUUCCGCAGCAAAACCCGGAGGAUUCUCUCUCAACUCAAUUCUGAGCAAGUGCGGAACUUGUGAAGGCAAGCGUGCCAUUGAGUGUCCAGGAUGCAAGGGAACGGGGAAGAACAAAAAGAACGGCAACAUCUUUGAGCGUUGGAAGUGUUUUGAAUGUCAAGGGUUUGGACUCAAGGGUUGCCCCAGCUGUGGAGAUGGAGGGCUGACACCGGAGCAAAGGGGAGAAAGAUGAGAAGACAGACACAAAAAAUGCAGUGGAAGUGGCUGGUUCAUGAAAGCUAUACCAUUGUGUGUUCUUAUUGAUCUUAUUACUUGUAAAUGGAUCCUUCCAACUCUUCAUUCCAAUAAAUGUGCAAGCAAUGGAUCGAUAUUGGGGCCUAGAAAGUCUUCUAAUUCCCGUUUUCCCCUACUGUCUGUUACUUGUCAAGUUGACUCUGCUAACAUCUUCCUUGUCAAAUUCUGACUUGGUAUUAUAAUGUCCUAAUAAUAAACUUUCCUGUGUCUG